CGGAGAGUAACCACGAUAAAAACGCUACAUACCUUCUCAGGUACACAUUGUUACCGCUGUAAGCGCUGAACGAAUGUAAAAAAAACGAUACAACGAAUUUUCAACACAUACAAGAGCACAAAUACACGCGUAUCCAUUCUCUCUCUCACGCCGAAAGUGAUCACACGGCAACAGUGUGUAGUGGUUGUGUCUAAUUCAAUAUUUCGUUGUUCUUUCUCUGCAUUCUCAGUUCGUAGUCGCCGCUUUCGAUGUCGGACGUACACGUACAUAAAUUAAAAAUGGUGAUUUGAAGUGUGUGCAUCGCAGGUCUCUUUUUUUGCGUGGUUAUUAUUUUUUUUCCGUUCAACUUUUGUUUUUGUGUUGAAUCCGAUCAGACCACGACUAUUUUUUUUUCGGUUCACUUUUCCAUUUGUAUUGAUCGAUUGUUUAUUUCGCAUUCGAAACUGGAUCGGUGGCUGUUUAUUUAUUCGAAAAUGCGAGAGAGACGAAUAUCGUUUUCUUAGUUCUGAAUGUGAUUUUUUAAUGUAAACAAAGUAAAAGCGAAACGACGACGACGAAACGAAGAGAACGAAACAAAAAAAAACUGAUCAUAGCAUUUUAAUUGACAAACAACGACGGAGGCCGUAUUUUGGUUGGCUUUCAAGUGAAACAGAAAAACAAACAACGAAUUUGAUUGCAGUGAAUGAAUGCAAAUGCUAGAGUUUAAUGAAUUGAAGACAAUUACAGAUCAUAAAUUCGGUUGGUAGCUUCUACCAAAGAGAGUACAACAACGACGUCGACGACGACGACGACAACAACGACGACAGCAGCAGCAAACAAGCAAGCAGGCACAUAGUGACGAGUCGUAUUGGUAUGUGGUUUGUUUGUCAAGCAGCAAGAUUCUUCGAACGUGCAUAUUAUUUAUUAGCAACCGUAUUCUUUUGUAUUCUGAAUACGUAUUUCGAAAUACAUAUAAAAACAACGGUACGGAAAUAUUUCAUGGUUGAAGCCUAUGUAAGUGAAUGCACCAAUAACAGAAUAGCAAAAAAAAACCAUAGAAAUUCAAACAAAUAAUAAAAACGCAAGUGGAGAGCAGAAAAAAAAACGAAGUUAAAUAAAAUGUAAUUGGAAACUCACAUACUCGGUGAGUCGCUCUUUGGACUGUUUGAUCGAAACGUUAGCCAAGUAUAAUACUUGCAAUUCGUUGUUAAUGUUGUCGUUUAUUUCGCAUGACACCAUCCAAAACAAGGGAAAAUUUGGUCCAGAAAGUGCUUUUUUUUGCCGAUCUCUGUACAGUGAAACAGACCAAAGCAAUGUGAAACAAAAGUUUAAUUCAACAUUCCUUUGUUCCGAGUGCAUUUUACAUGUUUUGCGAAUUACAUGAAACAAAGAAAAAACUACACAACAAACAAGUGAUAUCGCCAUUUAAUCUGUUGAUCUACUAAAUUCCAGCUGGUACAUGCGUUAUAUUGUUAUAUGCUUGAAUUUACUUUUCACAUUGAACAGAGGACAGAAAAAAAAUAGCAACGAUCUGAAAACAAUCAAUACAAGUGAAUAACAAAAUACUCAACAUAAAGAGUAAUGAAAGAAAAGAAAAACAGAGUCAUUACAACAACUAAGUGAUGGAAUGUGAAAAAAGAAAUAUGUGUCGAUAAUUGCCGUACGACUCUCACCCCGAGAAAGUAUCAGAUUGUAAUAAAGUCGCUUAUAUUCACAAUAAUAUACAAAUUGUAUGUGAAACUUACGCAUCACAGAGAAGAAGAAGUAAAAAAUCAUCGCUGAGAAAGGGAAAUAAACACGACACACAUCUGUCUAUCUAUAUUGAUGAGAUCGUUUGUGUGAACCGAAACCAGACAAAUCGUUCGCAACAAAUAAAGUGAAACGCCAUUCAGAUAGCUGCAAAUCGAUAAAAGCAAAACAUACACUCUCUCUCUCUCUUUCUCUCUCUCUCGUCUUCGGCUCGGCAAACAAGCGCAACAAAAUGUUUUCGAAGAAGAAGAAAAAGCCACAGAUAUCGAUGCCAAGCAAUUUUGAACAUCGUGUUCACACGGGUUUCGAUAAACGUGAAGGUAGAUAUGUUGGUCUUCCAUUGCAAUGGGCAUCGAUCGUUGGCAAUAAUCAGAUAUUGAAGUCAACGAAUCGACCUCUGCCACUCGUCGACCCAUCGGAAAUCACACAAACCGAAAUUUUGGAUUUGAAAACAAUUGUACGCCCACAUUUUCACAAGCCAAAUGCAAGCAUGGACGAUACUGUUUCAAUGAAAUCAACACUCAGCAACAGUACGGCGACAGCUGUGGCCGCAGCAAAUGGCGGCAUUCAAUUGCCGAAAACAUCACAUGUGGCACGAUCAAAUUCAUUGCGCAGCUCAAGCCCGCCUCGUGUACAACGACGAUCGGCAAAUGUGCCACCAUCUGUGCCCGAAGAACCCUCACAAAUUCCAAUGUCAAAUAUGCAAUCGAAUACAAAUCCACAGAUGCAACCAUAUCACAAUGCAUCGGCAAAUAUGCAGCCACAAGUCAAUUAUGUGACUAAACCUCCGCAUCCAAUGCAAAUGAAUCAACAACAACAACAGCAACAGUACAACAAUGGCAUGAACGCUGCUGAUAUGAAAGGUUUUAACGGCAACGGUAUGACUCAAAACCCAAUAUCAGUGCACACCGAAUUUCCACCAGCCGCACCCUACAGACCACAGCAAACAUCACCGAUGGGCGCCAUGCAGGCCAACAAUAUCGCUCAACGUCCCAAUUAUCCGUUGCCGCAGUCGGUGCAAAAUCAAAUGGGACAAGGUCCAGUGCCACAUCAUCAUCACGGCCAUCAAAUGAUGAACUAUCAACACACUCAAUACGUUCCAAAUAAGCCACAGCCAGCCCCACCAGUACAACAUCAAAUGCAGAAUCCGCAAAUGACCAUUCAGCAACAGCAACAGCAACAACAAUUACAACAACAGCAGCAGUCGAGGGCAUCAAGCUCAAGCGGUGGUACUAGUACUGGUGCAAACCAGAAUUAUGUUCAGAAUCAAAAUCAAAAUCCGAAUCAAAAUGCAAAUGUGUUCAACAACAAUGUAAAUAGCCAAAAUAACAGUACUAACAACAAUGGCACCGCCAGCAACAACAAUUCCAACAAUAACAUGAAACAAGAGCAACGAUUGACACACGAACAGUUUCGCGCUGCACUUCAGAUGGUCGUUUCAGCCGGUGAUCCACGUGAAGAUCUGGAGAAUUUCAUGAAAAUUGGCGAAGGUUCUACUGGAACUGUAUGCAUUGCAACAUACAAAUCAACUGGUCGCCAGGUUGCUGUCAAGAAAAUGGAUUUGCGCAAGCAACAACGUCGUGAGUUGCUCUUCAAUGAAGUUGUCAUUAUGCGCGACUAUCAUCAUCCGAACAUAGUCGAAACAUAUAGCAGUUUUCUGGUCAACGAUGAACUCUGGGUGGUUAUGGAGUAUUUAGAGGGUGGAGCACUAACCGAUAUCGUCACACAUUCACGAAUGGAUGAGGAACAAAUUGCCACCGUUUGCAAGCAAUGUUUGAAAGCUUUGGCUUAUCUUCAUUCGCAAGGUGUGAUCCAUCGUGACAUCAAAUCAGAUUCAAUAUUAUUGGCGGCUGAUGGUCGAGUUAAACUCUCCGAUUUCGGCUUCUGUGCUCAAGUGUCGCAAGAAUUGCCGAAACGUAAGUCACUUGUGGGCACACCGUAUUGGAUGAGUCCAGAAGUAAUCAGCCGAUUACCAUAUGGACCCGAGGUGGAUAUUUGGUCGCUCGGCAUUAUGGUCAUUGAGAUGGUCGAUGGAGAGCCACCGUUCUUUAAUGAGCCACCACUUCAAGCGAUGCGCCGCAUUCGAGACACAAAACCACCAAACUUGAAAAACGUUCACAAAGUGUCGCAACGACUGCAGAGUUUCCUCGAUCGAAUGCUCGUCCGGGAUCCAGCCGUUCGUGCAACUGCCGCUGAAUUGCUCACACAUCCAUUCUUGCGCCAAGCUGGACCACCUUCGUUGCUUGUUCCAUUGAUGCGCAACUCAAGACAGCACUAAAUACAAUACACAGUUCAACGCUUUCCCAGAAAUUUAUUCAUUUUAUUCGACUCGGAGAUAAGGAUGUAUAUUUUGAGAGAAUGUAAAAUUAAUUCCAAGGUCAAAGAGAAAAAUGAUGGCAACUGAAUUUCUCGAUCCAAUGGGAUCCAGUAAAUAAUCGGCGCGUCAUUAUCAACACACAUCCCAAUGGAAAUUCGAAAGAUUUAUUUUGUUAUUAAUUUUUCGGAUGGUUGGUUAGGGAAACAUCUAUGAAAUGAUGAAAGACAAAUGAAAUGAUGAUGCAACAUAUUAGAUAGGGUCAUUCCAGUUUAAAGCUUAGUUCAAAUUCCGGCAGCAACCCAACUGAUUGUAAAUAUAUAUUAAAUUGAUCAUUUUUCUUUUAUGAUUAUUAUUAUCAAUAUUUCAUAUUGCAAAUAAGCUUCCAAUAGGGUCUUUCCUCGAAAAUACAAUGAUAGCUACAAUUAGUAUAUGUAAACGAAUGAAAUAUAACCGCAGAAGCGCCAGGGACUAGACAUUUUUAAUGGAUUUUAACCAUGUUUCAUUUCUUAUUCAGUUUUUAUUCCAUUUUUAUGAUGAUUCCAUUGUUUUUAGAUGCGCAAUCAUUCCAUUUUAUUCAAUUGAGGUUUUUUUCUCUUUAAAUACAAGAUUGAAAUUGAUCUUGUUUAAAUCGAAUAGCUGGUGUCCAUUGAAUUGAUUAUAUACUGAGAGAAGCGCGACAAUAUUAAUGACGAAUAAAUUGAAAAAACAAAUACUCACAAAACCUAACAAAAACGAAAAGAACAUGACCAAAGCCAUAAAACACAUACACACAGUAUAAAAUAAAAGUUAUUUAGCCUUUCGCUUUGCAACGAUUUCAAUUGGAAUGCAUUUUGAAUUAUUAUCAUUGUAAUGAUUUUUUUCAAUUGAAAUCAUAUGUGAAGUUGGAACGAAGGAAAAAAAAAACGUCCGCAACAAUGAAACCUAAUCCGACUUAUUCGUCAACUGAAAGUAUUGACUUUUAAAUAAUGUUUUUUUAUGAUUUUUUUAGCAAUUCGCUUUUUAUCCAAUUGUAAGCCUUAAUAUUUAAGCGGCCUUAUGUAACAAAAUGAGAGAUUUUUGCCUAGAAUAAAAUCAAAUAUUAGCCUAAAUUAGACAAACGCGUUUGGUGGCGAUGCGCCAUGCAACAACAAUUUUUUUUCCUGCAACAACACGUCUUAAUCUUUAAGAAACUUGGAAAUUGCAUUUUAUAUUGUUUCCCAAUUUUCUUUUUAGUUUUAAAGCGAUAAAUAAAGAUGGAAACUAUAUUAAAA